UAAAAGGUCACACUCCAAUUUAAGAAUGAAUAACAAUGUUGCUAUUUUUAAACUUUAAUAAACGUCUUUAACAUUACAUGAAAUGACUGAGAAUUCUCUACAUACUUUUGAGUUGGAUAGUUUGAGUCCUAAAUCAAGCCACGAGAGUAAGUCCCAAGAUAAAAUUAAAAGUUUGACUAUAAAAACUUUAAGAGGACCUCUUGCACCCGUAAACAACUUUUGUAAUGCGGUUGAAAACAAAAUUAAAAACUUUUGUAAAAAGCAUGCAAUCUUAAUCAAACAAAUACUGCUUGUUCUGUCAUUAACAGCCUACAUUGUCUAUUUUAUUGUAGCGUUAAUAAAAAAUCCAAAUAAAGUUACAGACCUAAUUUAUGUUAGUGCUUUUUUUUUUGUAUGCCUAAUUUACUGGGUUUUUAAAAAACUUUUUGGUAGAAAAAUCUCUUCCAGUAUUUUGAAACCCAUGCACAAUGCAAUUGUUCCUCAAUGGAAAUACAUUAAAUGGAUAUCGAUAACAGCUUUUCUGGGUUUUGUUAUAUUUUGGAUAUCAUGGGAUACAGCUAAGCAACCUGAAAGAUUAAUUUCAUUGGCAGGUUUAAUUGUGUAUUUGCUUAUUGGCUUCUUGUUUUCAAAGCAUAGAGACCAAAUAAAAUGGCGUCCAGUUUUUUGGGGAUUAUCUUUGCAGUUUUUGUUUGGGUUAUUUAUAUUACGGACGUCAAUUGGAUACUUUAUUUUUAAAUGGCUUGGUGAUAGAGUUUCAAUUUUUCUGGAUUUUUCAAGAGCAGGUUCUGAGUUUUUAUUUUCUAAGGAACACAUGGAAAAACAUUUUUUUGUUUUUGUUGUUUUACCUGUGGUUGUUUAUUUUUCUGCAAUCACAUAUGUUCUUUAUUAUUUGGAAUGGAUCCAGAUUGUCAUUAAAAAAAUUGCCUGGGUGCUUCAAAUUUCUAUGGGAACUUCUCCAGCUGAGUCUGUUAAUGCAGCUGGCAAUAUAUUUCUUGGCCAGACAGAAGCUCCUCUAUUAAUUAGACCAUUCCUUGAGAAUAUGACAGAAUCAGAAUUGCAUUGUGUCAUGACAGGAGGGUUUGCAACUAUAGCUGGUAGUGUGCUUGGUGCUUAUAUAUCAUUUGGAAUUCCUGCAUCACAUUUAUUGUCAGCAUCUGUAAUGAGUGCACCUGCUGCAAUAUCUAUGGCAAAACUUUUGUACCCGGAAGUGGAAGAAUGUUAUUGGAAAAAUGCUGAUGAAGUUGAAAUUGAAAAAACAAAUGAGCACAACUUGUUUGAAGCGAUUGCUACAGGAGCGUCGAUGAGUAUUGGUUUAGUUGCAAACAUUUCUGUAAUGCUUAUUGCAUUUUUAUCUCUACUUCGCUUUGUGAAUGCUCUUUUGGGUUGGCUUGGUUCAAAUAUUGAUGUGCAGGAUUUUUCAUUUGAGUUUAUAUGUUCAUACAUUUUUAUGCCAUUUGCGUAUAUCAUGGGUGUAAGCUGGAAUGAUUCUUUUGCAGUCGCUAAAUUACUUGGCAUCAAAACAUUUUUAAACGAGUUUAUUGCAUACCAACAACUGUCAACGCUGAUUUCAAAUAGGAUUUUAAAUGUUAGUGCAGAAAAAUUAUCUCAACGUUCAGAAGUAAUCACUACUUAUGCACUGUGUGGCUUUGCUAAUUUUGGUUCUAUGGGAAUCCAAUUAGGAGGAUUAAGUUGUCUUAUUCCCAGUAAAAAACAAUGUUUAGCAAAGUUGGUAUUCAGAGCACUUGUAUCUGGAACAUUAGCAUGUUUUAUGACUGCUUGUAUUGCAGGCAUGUUGUAUGAUGAUCAGAAGUAUGACAGUAUUAUAACACCUACUUCUGCAAAAAAUUUAACGGUUAACAUAUUUAAUGUAUCACAAAGUUUGUAAAUACAACUUCAUAAGUUGCUAUCAUUUUGUGUUAAAACUAAUAAAACUGUGUUUA